AUGGCUGGGCUAUCAAUCACAUCAGCGUUACUGUCCCCUAUCAAUAAGCUUCGCGGAAAGUCAAAUCCAUACCAGAAAUCCGGUAAUGCCAACAGAACGUCUCAUCCCUCAGAUACACCCACCAGCGAUGACCUUCUCGCUGAAGCACGUCAAGCGGCUGGUCGUGAUCCUGUGACUGGACAACGAACUCCGGGCCCCGCAAGCAAGAAAGCGAAGAAGCAAAAAAUGUCCUUGGAACAAGAGCAGCAGGCCGCAGAAGAACAGAAAGCGGCAUUCCUUGCUUGGGCAGCAAAACAUCCACAGGCGGCUGGACGACCGUACGAGAGUUAUGAGGCUUUUGUGCGGGAGAUGGUAGCGAAGCGGACAGGGAAUGUUGCGCCUAGUGGUCGGACGGAAUACUAUGCGCCUCAGCAGACGGUGGAGGAAUACUACUCGACGGUGAUGCUACAGCACCUCCCCUCCGCGUGGCACGUCGAUCAGGCCAUUCUCAGUGAAGAGGCCCGCAUAGUGUGCCUCCGUUUCGGAAACGACUACACACCCGAAUGUAUGGAGAUGGACGAGAUGCUAUACAAGAUUGUUGAUGCAGUCAAAGACUGGGUUGCCAUCUACGUCGUUGACAACCAGCAAGUCCCAGACUUCAACGCCAUGUACGAGAUCUACGAUCCCUGCACUGUCAUGUUCUUUUGGCGCAACAAGCACAUGCAAGUCGAUUUUGGCACGGGCAACAACAACAAGAUCAACUUUCCUAUUGGCACGAAGCAGGAGUUGAUUGACAUCUUAGAAGCCGUGUAUAGGGGAGCGAGCAAGGGAAAGGGGCUUGUUGUCAGUCCGAGGGACUAUUCAACCAAAUGGGCGUACUAG